AUGCCAAAACACACAGACAACGAACAAGCAAAUCACCCGACAUUUGAUACCACGGGGCAGCCACGGCAGCCACCAAUCCCGCCGCCGUCCGGUCAAUCCAUACCACCAGAUAUUGUCUUCAGUCUCAAAUCCCCAAAAAGCCUCCUUCUUCACCAGCCAAUUCAAAGGGCGAUUGGUGGCCCCCGCACACAAAGUCUCAACACCAACCACAUCAACAUCAUGGAUCCCCGAUCUCUCCUCCGCCCGGCUUCCCGGCUGCUCACCCCCCUCCGCUGCCUCUCCGCCCCCAGAGCUUCAGCAGCAGCGGUUCCCCUCCCGCUCACCUCCUCCCGCGGCCACAAAACCACGGCCCGCACCAAGCGAGCCCUCAAAAUCUCUCCCCACGACUCCUUCUUACCCUCUCGCGCCGCCGCCUUCCCCGCCGCCGACUCCAUCAUCUACAACCCUCCCGCGUCAGAGGCCUCGCCCGCGCACACGCCCUUCAUCUUCCUGCCGCGCAACGACCCGCGCCGCCUCGCCAUCACGCGCCUCCGCGGCGGCGCAAACGACCCCACCACGUACUCCUCACAGGCAAGCAGCGAGCAGCAGCUGCCCCCGGAGAUGCGCUACAAGCGCCGCCAGCCAAAGUACAACCUGACAAAGGAGCACAUCGAGGAGAUGCGCCGCCUGCGCAACCAAGACCCCCUGACGUGGAGCGUGCAGAAGCUCGCCCGCAAGUUUGAGUGCUCGACCGUCUUUGUGCAGAUGGCCGCGCCGGCGCCGCCGGAGCACCUGCAGUGGCUCAAGGGCAAGCUGGAGAGGAAGAUGGAGCGGUGGGGGCCUAAGAAGACGCAGGCGAGGGAGGAUAAAAAGAGGAGAGCCGAGAUGCUGUAUCGGGGCGAGUUGUAA